AUGCACCGGCUCAGCCCGGUGGCGCGCAUUGCGUCGUGGCGCUCAGUCCCGGGCAUCGACGUUGAGCUUCAUCUGACGCCAUGCAUCGUCACGUUCCCGCCGCACGCCGGCUGCAGCGCCUUGGUCAACCCGGCCAACGAAAGGCUCGAGGGCACGCGCUUCACGCCGGGCGAGUGCGCAGACAGGCUGGCGCCAGGAACCACGGCGCUGUACCCGCCGCAGGCUGUCGAUGGCAUUGUGCACGGCGCCCGCGGCGGCGACUCGAGCGCAGACGACUCGUCCGGCGCGUCGCUGCUGGCGGCGGCGCUCUCCGCGCUGCCGGUCGUAGUCGGCGACGACAUCCGCUGCCCGACAGGCCAGGCCGUGGCGACGGCGGCUCACGGCGAGCUCUCCGACUGCUACGACGAGAUCAUCCACUGCGUGCCGCCCUUCUACGCCUCGCCGCAGUGGCGCCCGCUCCUCCUCUCCGCCUACGCCAACGCACUGCGGCUGGCAACGUCCCGCGGCGCACACUCGAUCGCGGUCCCGCUCCUCGGCGCAGGCGCUCGCGGCGCGCCAGCCGCGGCGGCGGCAGAGGUGGUCGCCGAGGCGCUGAGCCGAUGGCGUGCGCCAGAGGCGGGCUGUCGGCGAACAAAGGUGUGCAUCGGAGUGGUGGACGAUGCGGUCGCGUCUGCGGUGGUCAUCGGCGCGACCGCGGCUAACUCGUUGGCACUGCUGGGCGACACGGGCACGAUGUUCGUCGACAGCGUCACGUACGCGAUCAACAUCUUUGCGGAGCUCAACAAGCACCGGUUCGAGACGCACUCACUCGAGAUCGGUGCGUCUCUCUUCUCUGUGGCGGCGCUGUGCACCGUGACGGCGUUCGUCAUGCGGGACGCCAUCGGCCGGCUCUCUCGGUCUCGGGGCGGCGAGGCCGGCUCGGGCGAGGGGUCGGGCGAGGUGGAGGGGGAGGUGGAGGGGGAGGAGGUCGACCCCAUCAUCAUGCUCACCUUCACGUGCUUCAACUUGCUGGUCGACUUUGGCAUGUUUGCCUCGAUCCUGUUGCGGCGACGCGGCGGCGGCGGCGGCUCCGCCUGCUGCCUUUGCCCGUACUUCCUCCGGCCCGCCCCGCCGAAUGCCGCCGCGAGCGACGAGCUCCAAGACGAGGCAGCGGAGGGCGGCGCGGGCGCGGGCGGCGCUGCUGGCGGCGCGGCAGCGGAGGACGCGGCCGCGCUCAAUCUAAACAUGUGCUCUGCGCUCGCGCACGUCGUCGCGGACACGAUGCGCACGCUCACAGUGAUGGGGUGCGCCCUGCUCGUCGCGUUUUGCGGGUACGACGCUGAGCACACCGACGCGAUGGGAUCGCUGCUGGUGUGCUGCAUCGUGCUCGCCAUCGCCGCGUACAUCUCCUUCGAGGCCACCGCCGAGCUGCACGCGCACCGCCGGCGCGCGCGCGCCGAAGCCGGCGGCGCGCUGCAGCUGGCGCGGAGCGAGGCGAUGCCGAGAAUCGUGGAAGAGUGUUGA